UCAGAUGGUGAGAUGAAGACUUCUGUCGUCAUAAAAUAAUGAAACCAUGGCUAUACCACAAGAGACAGUUUCGCAUCUCUGCCCUAGAUUGGUCGACUACAUUUGCUUUGUAGGUGCUCGUUAUCCCAAUAGUAAUAGCGUAGCUCAAACACCAGAAUUAUUACGCCGGUACCCUGUAACGGAUCAUGAAGAUUUUCAUCUGCCACCAGAUGUGGUCUUCUUUUGUCAGCCUGAAGGAUGUAUCAGUGUGAGUCAAAAACGAGUGCCUCUCAGAGACGCAUCAUCGUUUGUAUUCACGCUCACGGACAAAGAAAGUGGCGUGAUCAGAUAUGGCAUAUGUUUGAAUUUCUUCCGACCUUUUGACCGGAAGUACGUUGCAGAGGCAAAGAGCAGAGCGAACAAACCGGCUGACUCUGUGGCCGAAAACCGAAACUUCGACCAGGAGGGUUUCAACAGAGGAAGACAGCCGGAUACAAUAAGUCAGUGUAGCACAGAUAGCGAUAAUCUAAGCUGGAAUGGAAGUGUAGAAGGAUCCCAGACUGGCCACAGAGGCUCAGUAGGCAGGGUGAAAAAAUGGAAACAGAGGAACAACACUCUGACGUCAUUGUGUCUGAUUAGUCACCACCCGUUCUUUUCUACAUUCAGAGAAUGCUUGUUUCAAUUGAGGAAGCUCAUCCAUGCGUGCAAUGAGAGAUCCUGCAGCAGACGAGUGGGUGGAUCGAAAAGUGUUUUGCGCGACUCAGUGUGGGGUGUUUUGUCGGGAUGCAGCCUGGGCGGAGUAGAUUUGAUGGUUCCAUUUGGUAAUGGAAAUCAGCAGCAGGCGCCAUCACAACCGCCACCCCCUCUCAGCCCAGUGAUAGUGCACGACGUCAAAGAAAUAGAACACUGGAUCAUGCGACUGUUAUCUGCCCCAAUCCCCAUUCCCGGAAAGACACGUAUUGAAGUCGAGUUGUUGCCUCGAAGAAUAGCGAGCCCGAUUUUGUUUGCUCUGCCAGAUGACACCCGAUUCAGUCUCUGCGACUUCCCCCUUCACCUUCCCCUGGAACUGCUGGGAGUGGAGACAUGCAUGAAGGUCAUCACUUGUAUCCUGUUGGAACACAAGAUUGUUUUGCAGUCGAGGGACUACAACGCUCUCUCGAUGUCUGUACUGGCUUUUGUGAAGAUGCUGUAUCCUCUCGAAUACAUGUUCCCCGUCAUACCAUUACUUCCUACUUGCAUGAAUUUCGCAGAACAGCUAUUGUUGGCUCCAACUCCCUACAUCAUUGGCGUCCCUGCGACGUUCUUUCUCUACAAGCAGUCAUUCAGACUCCCCGAUGACGUAUGGGUCGUGGACCUGGAUUCGAAUAAGAUUACAGUUCCUCUAAAUGCGGAAGAGUUGCCUCGCAUCGUAGAACCAGAAGCAACAACUCUAAGAAACCACCUGAAAGGGGCUCUCACAAGUAUGUCGAUGCCUCAGCCAAUUCGGAACCUGGAUGAAGUUGACCUUUCCCGAUUCACAAUCUCAAACGCCAAAGCCGACAGCUCCAAAUCAGACGCAAAUGUGAAGGACGCAUUCAAUCCCUACAUUUUCGGAAACGACAUUGAUUCAAUUGAUGUUGCGACGCGAGUGGCUCUUGUGAAGUUCUUCAGCUCGCAGAACAUUCUGGCGAACCAUUACGAGCACAUGAGGACACUAAGGCUUUUUCCGCGUCCGGUCGUGGCAUUUCAGCUGAACAGUUUCCUGAAAUCCAGACCAAAUCAUUCGGCUUUUACGGCAAAGCUAGCUAGAACUCAGGCAGUGGAAUAUUUCUGCGAAUGGAGUCUCUCUCCGAAUAACAUGACAUUCCAGCGCAUCCAGACAGGACUCAUAGACCCAGGUGUGAUAGGGGACAAGCCCAAGUGGUACCACAACCAGCUGACCUCCAUUGUAUUUCCUGUGUGCUCCGAAGGUUCUUCUCUAGCAGCAGCACUCUCUGUUCCAGAAGAACAGGAAGACGACUCAGACUUGAAUUUAACAGAUGAAAGUGCGGACGAGGAAGCAGUAUCUGGUCACAAUGUGUCGACCGGCAGUGGGGCUGGAGGAGGCCAGUCUGCCACAUAUUCUGGUGACGUCACUUCCCUCAAGUCCUCCUCUUCCUACUCUUCCCUUACAGAGUUCGUGAGUGACAUGCGAUCGGCAGACAUUAGUGGAGACUGUCUCCCUCCUCCUCCGUCGUCGAAUGAUGUCUUCGGACAGCGCAUGCUGAUAGACCAGAGUAACUACAGGGUACCGAAGACACUGUUAGUUCCACAAACGGAAGCUCAGAGUGGAAUCGAAACACCGUGUGUUCCCUUCCAUGUGGGAGAUAGUUUUACUCCUUGUAAAGGAGGAACCGGAACCAACAGUCUACUUGUUCCGCCUAAUGAUGCGUCUAAUGCACUUACUCUGGGAUCUGAUGGGAGCUAUGGUGGUCUAGGAACAAGUGACACAGACAAUGAUGCAGAAUCUAUCCAUAGCGAAUCAGAUGACCCCGCUAUCGGCCAUAGUAAAUCAAGAGACGCAUUCAGCAGUGGGGGAUCUUCAAGUGACAACAGAAGUUCUAACCAAAACGGAUCAGCAGAACAUGAAUUCAAAAAUCCCCUCUAUGACUCAUCUGCUACAAGAAAGGCUGUGUCUUCGACUAGAAACGUUUCUGGUAUCGCGGCCCCUAAGGAUUAUAUGAGUCGUAAGCCACUAUCGAUGGACGUCGUCUCGCAACAGGUGGUGCCCCAAUUACCGGUACAGCCAUCAAUCACGCCUACAGUGUCUUCCUUGUGGAGUUGGGCGACAUUGUCGCUCCAACCCAAACCGACAGCUGAUACAUUUUAUGAUUCAUCAACUCACUUGCCUCUAUCAAAAACAUCUUCAAUGAGGAGUGCAGGAAGCAAGCGGUCGUCUGCGAGUAUCGCCAGUGUUUCGGGGGAUCCCGCUAUUGCGGAUUCCUCGAGUGCUUUUGACCCUAACGUUCUCCACGCUUAUGAUAUCAUAACAGGUCCCGAUGGAUCUUCGGCAUUUUCAAUGGAUGAAUCACCUUCAUCACCCAUUAGCGGAGAGAAUGUGAACUUUAAGCUUCUCGGAAAACUAUGGGAGCAAGUGCGUCAGAACGACAAGCCGGUGAAACCAAAUGGAGGUAAUCUAAACCAAGACUCGGGAUUCGUUAGUCGCAGCCAGAGUGUCUCCGUUGGAACAGGAAGUGCGAGAUCAAGUCGGCUUUCCUCGGCUAAGUCCGACCACAAUCCAAAUACUUCGGCAUAUGAGAAAGGUGAUCGGACAGCUUUCGUGGAAAAAACUGCCAGUGUAAUAUCGAGACAGUCGCUGAGAAGUGGGAAAGCAGUAGCCAAUCAGAUCACAGCAAGCGGAACACGAGUGGCUAAUGCGUUUGAUCGAAGUACCUUCAAGGCUAACAAUCUUGGAAAAAUCAAAAGAGAUCCCGGCCUUCUGCUGGAGCAAAUUUUGGGAAAUGAUACCGAGAAUCAACAGUUCUUGUCUGAAGUGGUGGCCAACUGCAUGGAAGGUCAGUCACCAGGCUUCUUCAAUCUGAAAAAAUUGAAGAAGUUACUUGAAAACGAAAGUCUAAGAGCGUAUGUGGUGGGCAAAGUCGGCAACAACAAUGACCAACCAGUUUCAAAGGACUUCUUGGAAGACCAGGAGGUCAGCAAGAAAGUGUUCAGCAGCAUGACGUCAGUUCUGAGAGCCGUCAUCUGUGGUCUAGAGGAGAGCAUAAAAGCGGCCAACUUUAACGGAAUGGCAUCUAUCUUCAUGUUGCUGGAGAUAGCAUACACACACGUAUUUAUCCGUGAUUUGACCACCACUCGCAAAGCUGUCCCAAACGCAUCCGCUGACCUGAGCUUGAAAAAAGUUGAAGGUGUGUUAGACAGCGCGACCAAAGGUUUUAACCAGAGUCUGAAUUUCAUCCUCACUGGUGAAGGUGCUUUUCCUAACCUUAAUGUGCCCCCUAACUCACCAAAUGUGUCAAAAAUGUCCCAAAAUACCCAGAAUAACAAAACAGCUUCGUGGCUGGCACCCUUUUCACAGUCUCAGAGUCAACCAGAAUCACCAAAAACGGCAUCAACACCGGUGCCAGCAGGGGUCUAUUCUUACCCGUCUGCUUCUAACGAUAAAUCUCAUGACAAUUAUAACAGUUCUUCUAAUGGUGGUGGCAUGAGUGGAGAAGGGUCCUCAUUUAAGCCUCCCUAUGCAGACCCAUUCGCCAAUUCAGGGCCAGGAAUUUAUUCAAACAUGCCCGGAAACAGCGAGUCCAGGAAUCAGAAGGACGAGAAAAAUCCCAAGAUAACAAUCAACAAAAGCAGACCCGGAUCAAUAUCGUCAUCAAAUGGGAACCAGUCCAGUGAUUUGGUCUCCGAAGUGGACGCGAAGAGAAGACAGAUGGAAGAAAUGCACACUAUGGAUUCUGCUAGCUCAGAUAGCACAUUCUCAGCCCUCACUCCCCACGCAACAAGUGCUUACCCGAGUUACGGAGGAGCUACGGGGGAGAGCGACGGAGGAAGUAGUGGGGCGGAUACUCCGGCAUCUGCAAGUGCGAUGUCUUUUGUAAAUGAUACAGGACCUAGGCGAAUCUCCCAUCACUCUAUCCGAUCGACCGACAGCGAGUUUGAAGUCACAUCACAAGGGUUCAGACAGAUGCCCCAGCUAUCCAUGGGAGGAGCCAUAGUACCCAAAAUACCAAAUGCAGUGAAGCAGGUGAAGAGUGUCUACUGCUGCGGCUACAGAUACUACAAUGGGAUCCUCAUGCGCCUGGAAAACAUGCCGCCCCAAGAGGAGAACCCCAAGAAAUACUUGUUCGAAAUGGUCAUAGAAAGCAACCGUUCUCCACUGUGGGACAACCUGCAGUUCUGGGAGGACUGUUUCCUGGAUGCAGUGGCUGCUGAGAGAGAGGCUGUCGGCAUGGACCAGAGUCCUUCUGAGAUGAUGACCAGAUAUAAGACGCUGGGAUUAGAUGAACAAAAAAGGAUCGAGGCGGAGGAAGAUCGUCUGCUCUCCACCACUCUUCAUAAUAUGAUAGCUUUCAUGCUGGCGAUGAAACUCAACCCGAAAGACAUCAAGAAAAAGGCCAGGAGACUCCUCGGCAGGUCGCACAUUGGGCUAGGUUUCAGCAAAGAGGUCAACGAUCUGCUGGACAGACUCAAUUAUCUCGCUGGCAAUGAUAUUGACUUGAAGCCUCCAGUGAGCCGACAGUUGAAGAGACAGUGCUUCGUGGUCCAUGCAGGAGUGGACAACAAAGGAGAUGUGCUCUUUCUAGAGGUAUGCGAGGACAGUGUAAUUUUGCGGAGUGGCAACGGGGUGAUUUGCGAGAGGAUGUUCUACGAGAAACUCAUCAAUAUGUCCUACUCACCCUCCACCAAGGUACUCUGUCUGUGGAAGAGACAUGGGUGUGAUACUCUACUCUCCAAAUACUACACGAAGAAGUGCAAACAGCUCUACUAUGCUAUAAAGGACAGCAUGGAGAGGGCAGCUACCAGGAUACGCAACGAGACUCCAGAACUUGGAGGAGAGUUCUGCGUAGAAGACGUGUCGACAGGAGCUUGCGGUGUCUUGCAAGUCACCUUAGACGGAAUAUCGCUAGACUUCAGUGGCCAAAAGACUUUCAUCGAUUUGAGAGAUAUAAAGAAGUGUAACACCAAGAAAGGAAGAUUUGUUCUUCAAGAGUAUGUUCCCGAGAGACGCGAAGUGAUUGUGCGCAAAUACAAGUCGGCCCAGGCCAACGAGAUUUGCUACGCAGUUCUGUGUGUGUUCUCAAUGGUAGCCGCAGCAUCGCCCGUGUCCCCUCCUACUUCCCAAGGAAGCACAAACCGGAACAGCUGUGCGUCCCCUAGCUCCCCACCAUCAGUUCGCAAGCAGUAAAUAUCUUCUAUCACGUCUAAUCUGUGAACUUACUUCAAUUGAUAUAAUGGAGGUCACAUUACAAGACAAUUCUUUUUGAUGAAAAUUGUGAAAUUAAUUAAUAAUAGUUAUAAUGUAGCUUUCGGCUGUUCUUUUUGCGCUUUUAUGUGCUCAAAGCAUUUUAUUAAAUUCGCUCUCGUAAAUAAAAGUUCGAGUUAGCUGUAGAUUAGAGUGACAGCAUAUUGUAGUGGCUCUAUAUUAAAUGCCUGAUUUGUAAAUUUAAGCCUAUGGAAUACUUAAAUGAAUGCGAUAUGAAUCUCGCGAUAACAGCUCCGAGAGUUUUGUCGAAUAAACCUGUUUUCUUUAGUUUUAAUCAAAAUUGUUUGUAAAAAGUGGUAUUUCAUUACUAUUCGCUCUUGGAAAGUGCAGUGCAGAUAGUGCAAUUGUUUGAAGAAAAUUCGGUAAAUGUAUCGAUUGUUUUUUUUUCUUUUUUGAAUAUUUCUGCAACAUUAUGUACAUUUAUAAACAAUCAAUAGUUUGGAAGUUCAACCUUCGAUUUGAGCAAUUAUUUUUCCCCGUAAUUCAAAUACAAUCCAACUGCAAUGUGUGAGCUUUUUGAUUUGUAAAUUUUGAGAAUGAACUUAUGAAUAAAUAAUCUGUAUCCUAAAUUGUAAAUUUCAAUGUGAUUAUUAAGUGUCAAUGAACGAAGU